AUGGAGUCCACUAGAGAAGAGCGCAUGCAACAACGGUUACGAGGAGGUGCCCAACGUCAAGUCAAAGAUGUCGACUUCGGUUUUAUGUUACCAGCUUUUGCUGCACCCCCGCCAGCAGCAGAACCAUCUCCAGUUCCAACUCCAGCGCCAACAAUUCCAAAUUCACUUCCAGAAGCUCCAGCAAAUCCAGAAACUCCUCAACCCGAAUUACCUUCACAGCCCAUAAGUCAAACACCUGCUACUGCGACCAGAAGUCGCGAUAGAUCCUCGAAUAUACUAGGCUUACAAUCGAAUAACGUUACAAGAUCUAAUACUGGGAAUGACGCAAAUACGUCCGCAAAGAGAAGGAAGUUGGAGACUGAUGAGCCACCAUCUUCUUCUACCAGGAGUAUGCGGUCUUCUCGGAGCUCUGCUAGGAAAGAUGUAUAUGAUUUACCAGAAGAUGAAGAGCUAGAACAACCUGUGACGGAUCAUUCAAAUCUGUCAAUAUUAGAAGCGUCGAAGGAAAAUGUUUCAGAAUCAGGAAUGGCAGGGACCGCCUUAUCACCUACCCAUCUACCUUCUGAGCCAAUUGAGUCCAUCGAAAGAGAUCCUUCAAAUGAAAUUGGGUUGGAAGAGGUCGAGGAAGACUCGUUGGUGGGCGCAAACACGUCGUUAGAAGAAGAAGCCGCCCUCACUCUAGUGAAAGCAACAAAAUCUCCCAGAAAGCUACCACGUCCAUCACGGAACAAAAGAAAGAGAGACGAGCCAUCUUCCGAACCUUUAGUUGUAGAAGAAUCGGUUCUUGCUGCAGCUGACACACUGGAUACCACUAACGACGAUAUUGAGGAAGUUCUACCUCAAAAAUCGAGACGAUCUCGUCGAAAGUCGGCUUUGCAGGAAGAUGUAGGAGUCAACGAGGAAGAAAUGAUUGAAAACAAUACCGAGCAAGCGGAAGCGAUAGACGAUUAUGAAGCCGCAGUAACAUUGAAGAAAAGUCGAGGACGGAGAAUAUCCAGAAAUAUUGUUGCUUCCGAUGAAUCUAUUCCUGAAGAUGCUGCACCUCCUAGAUCUCCCAUCGCAAAGAAAAAGCAAGGUAGGGUUCGACAAGUUACUAGUCCAGUACAGCAACGUCAACCAGCACCUCCGAAAUCCAAACCUCAAAGGGCAGAGAAAAAGAUCAAGAAACAGAAGGUUCGCGAAGGAAGCCCGAUACCUGUUAUUGUACAUCGUUUAACAAAAGGUCCUGUGUAUGAUGAUGACGAUUCGGAUGCUGAGAUUCUGAAUUCCGAAAUACCAUGUGCGACAAGAGCAGGUGUCAAUGCGGUGGAUGUUCUUGGUCAAAUUUGCCAAGAGCUAGUUACUGCUGGCUUAGAAACUCUUGGGGAUAAUGCUGUUAAAACUCAGGACGCUGCUCAAAGACUUGAAUAUAAAACCAAAAUGCGAGCUGUAGAUAGUUUUGGUAAAGAAUUGCGAGUCCGCCUUCUAGAACAUACAAUCAACCUCGACAAUUCGUACUCUCUUGAGAAACGUCUGCGUGAAGGCCAGAGAAAGAAGCUCUCUUUGCGAGAGGAAAUCCUUCGUGUAAGAGCAGAACGAGAGAAAGUCGCUCUACGCAUGGAUGGAAUCCGAAUUGCUCAUGAGAAAAACUCUCAUGAUGCUCAGCAACGAGAAGUUCUCAACACAACAGUUCAUGAUAUCGAACUUGCAGUCGAGCGAGGGAAAUCUUCCGAUCACACGGAUGACGGGAAAACAAAUAUAGAGCUCAUGUUGAAACGCAUCGCUUCUGAAGCAAGUAGUGCAAGCGAUGAUGGAGGCGUUCUCAAACAGAUCAAGGCAUUCAAUGCAUUUAUGGAAAGGGCUGCAUUGGCGUUGGAGGGAAAGAAGGCUGUUUGA